UUUUGUUAGGUACACCUAUAAUAAGAAUUAAUGUUUUUAUACAUUUUUGCAUAAGUAGAUUUUAAAAAUGUAUACAUAUUUCAUAUUUGCCCUAAGUUAAAUUGGAGCAUUGGAAACUAAUUGUCUGGUAUUAAUUUGGAGUAGGUAGAAAACUUGUUGAUAUGCUUGGAGAUCAAAUGAUAAGCGUGGUGAAGAAAGUUAAGUAAUUGUAAUAACUAUGCAAGCAAAUUAAGGAGUCAAAGACAAUAUAGUAAUUAAAAUAAUGUGUAGUUAGAUAAGGUAGGAGAAAGUAACGAGGGGGUUGUGUGACAGAAUUUUUGGUUUUAACUGGCCAUACCUAAUUGUUCCUAUUAUUUUUCUUAGGUUUUUUUAAUUUUAAAAUUAGUUUAUAUUUAUUAACAAAAUCAUUACUUGUUAAAUUAAGAAAAAUAUUUUAUUUAUUAUAACAAUUUCAUAUAGAUAAUGUACAAUAUUGUUUAGUAUUGUAUUUUAAAAUGGUAUUAUCUCUGUUAUCUAUCAAUACAGACGUUUCCAUGACAUCCGAUUUAAAAUACUCAAGAACUUUGGAUAAAAGUGUUGUUUAUAAACGAUAACUGUUUGAUCAUUGAUUGUUACUAUGGCUGCAAUAAAAGGUUUAAUACAUUUUUUAAUGUACAAUAAUAGCAUGAAUUGAUAGCUUGCCAAAAGUAUUCUUAUAAAUUGUAAGAUUAUUUACUAAUAAAUUAAACUUAAUAUCAUAAAAGUAAGCAUGAAGGUAAUGUACUGUACAGAUGUUGAUAGAUCUGUUGUCUUAAGUAAUUUUGAAAAAAGGGGCUGGUUACAUGUUGGUCCUGAUGACGACUGGAAUUUCUAUUGGGCUGGCAUACAAACUUGUCGCAGUUUAUUUAGUAUUGACAGUGGAUAUCGAAUGCAUGAUAAUCAAAUGAUCAAUCAUUUUCCAAAUCAUUAUGAACUUAGUCGUAAAGAUAUGCUGGUCAAAAAUAUUAAACGUUAUAGAAGAGAGCUUGAACGAGAAGGAAGUCCUCUAGCUCGGCGUCUGGAUGGAAAAUACUUAUACUUGGACUUUAUUCCAGUUACAUUUGUAUUGCCAGCAGACUACAAUUUGUUUGUCGAGGAAUAUCGCAAAGUUGGACCAAGUACUUGGAUCAUGAAACCUGUUGGAAAGUCACAAGGAACUGGAAUUUUUCUUAUUAAUAAGCUAUCUAAAUUGAAGAAAUGGUCCAGAGAAGGCAAAAAUAAUAAUUUCAAUACAUCAUCAAUUAAAGAAUCUUAUGUAAUUUCUAAAUAUAUUGACAACCCUUUAUUAAUUGGUGGUAAAAAAUUUGAUCUCCGUUUAUAUGUUUUAGUUACAUCUUUUCGACCGUUAAAAGCAUAUUUAUUUAAGUCUGGCUUUUGUCGUUUUUGUACAGUUAAGUAUAAUACGAGUAUCGGGGAAAUAGAAAAUUUGUUCGUUCAUUUAACAAAUGUUUCUGUUCAGAAGCAAGGUGAAGAGUAUAAUAGUAUACACGGGGGUAAAUUAAGCAUUCAAAAUCUAAGAUUAUUUUUAGAAAGCACUAGAGGUAAAGCCACUACUGAUGCACUCUUUGAUAAUAUUAUAUGGUUAAUAGUUCAUUCAUUAAAAUCAGUUAGUUACAUAAUGGCAAAUGAUCGUCAUUGCUUUGAGUGUUAUGGCUAUGAUAUAAUAAUCGAUGAUAAUUUAAAACCUUGGUUAAUAGAAGUCAAUGCUUCACCCUCAUUAACGUCAACUACAGUUAAUGAUCGAAUUUUAAAAUAUAAGUUGAUUGACAAUAUGCUAAGUGUAGUUUUACCACCUAAUGGUAUCCCCGACGUGCGUUGGAAUAAAUGUCCUACUUUAGAAGCAAUGGGAAACUUUGAACUAUUAAUUGAUGAAGAUUUGGCUUCUAAAGAUAAAAUAGUAUCUAAUAAAAUUGAUCACAAAGAAAGAAUGAAACGAAAAAAUUAAUUAGAAUAAACACUUAUUGAACACUUAUUAUAUAACUUUGUAAAUAUUAAGCAUAAAAUUUCCAUACUCUUUUUGGAUAAGUUUUAAUAUUAAUUAAUGUUGCACAUUGCACCCUAUCACAAAUCACAAACUAAACAAGCU